AUGUCCUCUCAUGCAAGCGCUUCCAAGCCGCUUACAGGAGUGCGCAUGGAUGAUGAGAGGACACCGCUCCUUUCUGGCUCGAAUGAGCAGUCAGCGCUCCUGGGAUCAACUUCCGCCUCGAAGGACAAUCAAGCAACGGGCGCUGAUGGACCUGCUGGGGACAGGGAUAGAGAUGAGGGGGAAGUCAUCGCUUCCAUCCGAGGACUUGCAGCAGAACACAAGGCGUCUCGGGCGUCCAUCGCCUGGAAAAUUGUUCUUACCUUGUCAUGCGGGGUCCUACUAGGCAUCAUCAUAAGUGCUGGUGUCAGUUCUCGUCCUGGAUUUAAUUUUGGAAAAGCCCUAAAGAAAGCCCUCGGAGGUGGACUUAGUGGAGCUCUCGAGACUAUAGCCAUGGUACUGCAGGUGUUUAUCUUCAUGCCGUUGCGUACCAUAAUGAACUAUCAGUAUCGGUUCGGCAAGCCCUUCUGGGUCGCGGCGAAAACUCUCUUCGCUGAAGGAGGAUAUGGCCGUUAUUAUCAGGGGAUAAGUGCAGCGAUCAUUCAAGCCCCUGUAUCCCGGUUUGGGGACACUGCGUCGAAUACCUUCGUUUUCGCAGUUCUCAAAUCAAGUCCAACCCUAGACGCACUCCCAUCCCCCAUUAAGAGCUUCUUAGCUGCUAUUUUUACUGCCAUGUUCCGCAUAAUACUCACACCCAUCGACACUGCCAAGACAACUUUACAGGUACAAGGUGAGAAUGGCUGGAAGGUACUGAAAGUCCGAGUGCGAAUGUACGGGAUCGGUAGUUUAUGGUAUGGCGCUGUUGCGACUGCCGCCGCCACUGUCGUUGGAUACUUCCCUUGGUUCGGCGUCUACAAUCUCUUGGACGUCAAUCUUCCGCGGCAUCAUAAUUUUCACCAACUCCUCAUCCGACAAACUGCAAUUGGGUCCUGUGCCUCUCUUGCCUCAGAUACUGUUUCGAACUCUCUGCGGGUGGUCAAGACAUACCGACAAGUAAAUGAGACCCGAGUGUCAUACUCCGAAGCUGCCAAAGCCGUCAUCGCGAUCGACGGGUUGCGAGGGCUUUUCUUCCGUGGUCUCGGGACAAGAUUGUUAGCAAACGGGUGUCAAAGUAUCACGUUCAGCAUUUUGUGGAAACUGUUUAUGGACCUGUGGAAUAAAAAUUCCCAAAGGCCCCUGGUAGAACUAUAA